AUGACGGCCUGUGAGACGGAGCAAGGGGUGACGUAUGAGCGCGCAGAAUGGGCGUAUGGAGCCCGAUAUCGGCUUUGUAUCUUGGUUGACGAGGAAGCGGUACAGUCUGUGUUAGAGAUUCCGGAGAAGGAAUUGGAUGAGUUAAAUACGACUGGGUUUGUGGUGAUGAUCAAUAGGCGGUGGGUGCCGGAGAUUGUUGAAUGGGAAGAAGAUGAUGAUGGGUACGAGCCAUUGUACGGCUGUACGCGGCAAGAUGUGGGCUGGAUGAAGGUUCGCUAUGAUCGAGCGCAAAUUGUAGCCUCCACUACGAUGCGCAAUGGGUCGGAUUGGGGCCUUGAGUAUCGACGGCCACCGGCUAUUUGUUUUCAUUCUUGA